AUGAUAUUUGGAAAAGGGAAGGAAAAGCAUUCGCUUAAAAAAUUUCAAGGAAAUGGAUAUAGCAAGGUCCUUGAAUUAUUUCACCAAAAAUUCUUAGAAUCAAAAUUAAAAGACGAAAAAGGAUCAACAAAAGUUAUAGCUCUACAAGAGAAAAAAAUCACACAUUUAAAUUUGACAGAAGAACUUGAAAAGCAAAUACAGCCAAGGCGUUUUUCAUUAGAAAACACCAAGUCCUCAUCUAUAUUAAAAAAAUCAGCUUCAAACUUUUUGAAAUCAUCGAAAAACCUCAGAAGAAAUUCUUCAUCAAAUCCUCAAAAACUUCCUUCUAUCUCUUCUUAUAAAAGCCACACUGAAACAUCAAUACCCAAAUCCCGCCAAAAGCAACGUAUAAAUGCCUUUCCUAAUCGAAGAAAUUCUUCAGUUCACCAUAAAUAUUCUAAUUUCAAGAAAUCUGCUAUAAGAGCGAGUGAAACUAAAACAUUCUGAAAAACUCCAGUUGAAGCCACUGAGAACAAAGUUAAACCUUAUAAAAUAGAUGAGAGCUGUAAUGCUUCUUUAGGAAGCAAUUGGCAAAAUCAGACUCAUUCGUCUAGUAGUAGGAGCUCAACAUCGUUGGAAUGCCAAGAUUUGAGCUAUGAUUAUAUUUAUGAUCGGAAAUGUUAUUCGUUUAUAAGUCCAUAA